AUGGCGAUCCAAGUCCACCUGAAUUACGACUCGAGACACCGCACUGUAGUAAACAACGUCAUUCAGAGCGUGUCUGAAAACAAGGCCGCUUACCAAGCCCAGAUCGACCAACUGAUGGCUCCCAAUCGGGUUCUUAACCUUAACGAAAGCAAUGUCGGUGAUGGUGAGGAUGUACCUUACUACUCUGACCCGGGGGAGGAGUACGUAUCUCCUCCACCUGGCGACAUUGUCGGGUCACCUGAACCAUACCGCUACAUUUAUCGUAACAACGGUGAUAGUACUUUAACCAUAUUAUCCCGCCACAUAUCUUAUCAUUUUACAUCACUUUUAUUCAUCCAUUAUCUCUCUGUAAUGGAAUCUCUGUCUAUUGGCCUAUCAUCUUCCCCAAAAACCACCUCCAUUUUCAAAACCCCAAAACCAAUUUUCCUUAAAUUCACCCCAAAUUCCAUUCAUAUCAACAAAAAACAUCCCAAAUCAACCAACCCAUUUCUCCAAAUCAAAACCCCAUCUCUAAAAAUCCAAACUUUAUCAUUUCUGUUCACCACAUUUCACUCCCCACUAUCUUUACUUGCUUCCGAAAACCAACCGCCAGUUUUCGCAGACUCGGCGAAAAUCAACUUAGAACAAAUUGUGGUCUCAAUUGAUGAUUUUUUUAACAAGUAUCCGUUUUUUGUAGCUGGGGUUGUUUUUAUUUGGUUGUAUGUUAUUCCUGUUAGCCAAGAGUAUUUAAGAAAGUAUAAAUAUAUUUCUGCCAUUGAUGCUUUUAAGAAAAUUAAAGAUGACCCGAAUGCUCAAAUGUUGGAUAUAAGGGAUGGCAAGACUUUACGGGUUUUGGGUUCGCCGAAUUUGAAGAUUUUUGGUAAGAAUGUGGUGCAGGUUGAGUUCGUUGAGGGUGAUGAUGAUGAGGGGUUUGUUAAGAAAGUUAAGGAGCAGUUUGAGGAUUAUCAGAAUACUAGUGUUUAUAUUCUUGACAAUUUUGAUGGUAACUCCAUGAACGUAGCUGAGUUAUUGUUUAAGAAUGGAUUCAAAGAGGCUUAUGCUAUCCGAGGUGGAGUUAGAGGCAACAAUGGAUGGCUGGAAAUUCAAGAAACGCUGCUCCCACCAUCUGUACAUAUUUACCUUAAAGCGAAACUCAAAAAGUCAAUUGAAGCAAACAAUAAUGGAGCCAUCGAGCAAGAAAGUGAAGUCAAGAGCCAGCUAGCUACUGUAGCCGAAAUUAAGCAAACUAAUGGAUAUGCCAACACAUCUGCUGAACAAAAUACAAAAUCGUUGUCUCCAUACUCAAUGUAUCCCAAUAUGAAACCACCAUCAUCUCCAACUCCAUCCAAGCCUCAAUAAUGAAGAUGAGUCUUCAGAACAAAUCACUGAGUUAACUCAAAAGCGGUCAUUAUUUCCAAAAACCAUGGUAUCAACAGGUUUUGACAGUCCUUGUUUCAUUCGUUUCUUUUGGUCAGGUUAGAAUUGAACUUAAGGCCUUAGUAAAGAUGUAUGUGAGUUAUUGCAUAGUGAUAUUUUGUUUUGUAUAGUAUUUUGGUCUCAUACACCUCUUAGUCCAUGAAAAUGAUUUUGUGAGAUACUGAGAUCUAUGAUGAUGGGUUUUGAUCAGGGAUCUCUCACAUGAUUGCAAGCUCAAAAUGAGUUUCACUUCUCGAUA